AUGUCGAAAGACAUUCUUUCUGCAGCGCUCGCAAUACUGCGGAUCAACGUGCUUUUGCUAGCUCUGGCAUCCGCUUAUUACAUCCGCUUGUUCGCAGUGCAGAACUUCGGCCGUGUGAUCCACGAGUUUGAUCCGUGGUUCCACUACAGGGCCACAGAAUACCUCGCAGCCAAUGGCGCAGCCUCCUUCUUUCGCUGGUACGAUCGUCAAGUCUGGUACCCUUUGGGGCGGCCCGUGGGCACCACCAUCUACCCUGGAAUGCAGUUUAUCGCUGUUUGGAUCUGGCAAAGCCUGAACUUCCUGGGCCAGGAGAUGACUCUGCAUGAUGUUUGCGUCUUCAUUCCUGCCUGGUUUGGCGUGGCCUCCACUGCAUUUCUGGGGCUGCUGACCUUCGAAUGCACCAGGUCGAUUGACGCAGCGGCCUGCGCCGCGUUCAUCGUCGCAAUCAUCCCCGCCAACCUUGUGCGCUCCGUCGCCGGCGGCUUCGACAACGAGUGCGUUGCCAUCACCUUCAUGAACGCCACGUUCUACUUCUGGUGCCGGGCACUGCGGGGGACGAGUCCGAGUGCUGUCUGGGGAGCCAUCGCAGGAUUGGCCUACUUCGGCAUGGUGGCUUCCUGGGGAGGCUAUGUCUUCGUAAUCAACAUCGUCGGCCUACAUGCGGGCUUCCUGUCCCUGUGGCGCUUCUCCGCGAAGCUUCACCGGGCCUACAGCGCCCUGUUCCUGGUGGGCACUGGCCUGGCAGUGCAGAUCCCAGUUGUCGGCUGGACGCCGUUGAGGAGCCUGGAACAGGCCGGGCCUCUCCUGGUCUUCGUCCUCCUGCAGGUCCUAGAGGGCCUCAGCAUCUGGCGAAGGAGAUCCAAGCUGCCGGAGGAGGACUUCCGCCGCCUGCGCUUCCAGGUCCUUCUUGGCGCCGGCGCGGCCUUGGCUUUGCUGGCCUCAGUCCUCCUGAAGCUGGGCUACGUGGCGCCCCUGUCCAGCCGGGUGCGGGGCCUCUUCGUGAAGCAUCGGACCGGGAAUCCCUUGGUGGACUCUGUUGCCGAGCACCAGGCCACGAGCCCACGAGCCUAUUGGCAGUAUCUGCAUCACAUGUGCAGCAUGUCGCCUUUGGGCAUCGUGGCUGUGACCUACUACUUCUCCUCCAAGAUGAAUCGGUUGGUGAUGCUGCUUGGGCCCAUGGCCGGGGCACUAGGCGGUGUCGGCGUCGCCUGGGCGGUGCGAUGGGCGCUGUGGCAGUUUGGUGUGGAGGUGCCAGGUGAGGAGGGCGAGGGCGAGGGCGAUGGGGGCAAUGGCGAGGGUGCACAGGACCGGCCACCCGACAAAGGGUGGAGGGAGCUCUUGGAAGAGGUGAAGCGCCCCCUUCGCGAGGCAUACCAGGAGUCGAUCUUGCAACGCAAGGCCACAGCUGGUCUGGUCUUGCUGAUGGUCCUGGUCUGCGGUGUGGAGUUCAUCGGCUACUGCUGGACAGUUGCCGAGCGCCUGUCACAUCCCUCCAUCAUCAAGAAGCAGCGGUCCGGCGACAAGGAGACUUUAGUGGAUGACUACCGCGAGGCUUACUGGUGGCUGCGUGACCACUCUCAGCAGGAUGCCCGGGUCAUGGCCUGGUGGGACUACGGCUACCAAAUCAACGGACUGGCCAAUCGAACCACCCUUGCAGAUGGGAACACAUGGAACCAUGAGCACAUUGCCUUGCUGGGCUGGUGUCUGACAGGACCCGAACAAGACUCUUACGAGGUCAUCCGCCAUUUGGCGGACUUUGUCCUCAUCUGGGGGGGUGAUGAUUUGGCGAAGUCACCGCACAUGGCGCGAAUCGCAAACUCUGUCUUCGGCGACCUUUGCGCUGAGCCCAUGUGCCGGGCCUUCCACUUGGACCGCGAGACGAAGCUGCCGAGCGAGACGAUGAAGAGGUCGUUGCUCUGGAAGCUGCAUUCGCACGGUCGGGAGGAUGUCCAGGUGAACCCGAGGUUUUUCGAAGAAGCUUACACCAGCCAGCACAGCCUCGUGCGGAUCUUCAAGGUGCUCAACGUGUCGGAGGAGUCCAGACGUUGGGUCGAGGACCCACGGAACUGGAAAUGCGAUGCACCAGGCAGCUGGCACUGUCAGGGCCGGUACCCACCAGGCAUCCACGAAAUCCUGGCGAAGCAAAAGGCCUUUCAGCAGCUGGAGGAUUUCAAUGCCGAGAGGGACGCGAAGGCUGAGGAGUACCAGAAGGCAUACAUGAGCGCUUCCGGCCGAUGA